AUGAGAGAUUUGAUCGUUUUAGGUGGUUCUUCACACCCUCAUCUUACUAAACAAAUUUGCAGAAACUUAACUAUAGAUCAAGGAAGGGUCUCUUCAAAGAAGUUUUCUAAUGGAGAAACGAGUAUCGAAGUCAUAGAUUCAGUCAGAGAGAAAGAUGUGUACAUUGUUCAAUCUGGUUGCGGUGAAGUUAAUGAUAACUUUAUUGAAUUAUUGAUCAUGAUAUCUGCUUGUAAGAUUGCUAGUGCAACCAGAGUUACAGCUGUGUUACCAUUAUUCCCUUAUUCUCGUCAACCAGACGCACCCCACGCUGCUAAUUUAACUGGUGCUCCCUCUAUAUCAACCAAAAAGGAGCUGUAUACAUUUGAAAGUGCACCAAGCACCCCAAGACCAUUAUCAAGAGGUAGUAGCUACUUCAAUGAUUCAUUCGCUACAGGUGCUAAUUCAUCUCGUGAAGGAUUAUUAGAAAAGGCAACUCACAAUAGUUUAAGACAUCCAGUACCUUAUACUGCAAAAUCGUUGGUGACUAAUUCAGCCUCCACAAAUAUCACUUCUGUUGAUGUUUCUAGUAAGAGUGAUAAUGGAUAUAAGCAAUGGGUUGCUCAAAAUGGUACAUUAAUUGCUAAUUUGUUGACAACGGCUGGUGCUGAUAGAUUAAUAACUAUGGAUUUACAUGAUCCUCAAUUUCAAGGUUUCUUCAACAUACCAGUUGAUAAUUUAUAUUCAAGACCAUUAUUAAAGCAUUAUAUCAAAGAUUAUAUUCCAAACUAUCAAGAUUGUGUCAUUGUUUCUCCUGAUAGUGGUGGUGCUAAAAGAGCAACUUCAAUCGCGGAUUCUUUAGGUUGUUCAUUCGCUUUAAUUCAUAAAGAGAGAAGAGCUAAAGUCGCCAAGAAUCCUCCUUCAACGGCAGCUUCAAGUUCUUCUAGUUCAGUCAAUCUCUUGAACUCUAUUAGCAUGAACACCACUAAUAUGGUGGCUACAACAAUGUUGGUUGGAGAUGUUAAAGAUAAAGUAUGUGUUUUAAUUGAUGACUUAGUGGAUACUUCCUACACUAUUACAAGAGCAGCUAAAUUAUUAAAGGAUCAAGGAGCAAAAUAUGUUUAUGCUUUGGUCACACAUGCGGUUUUCAGUGGGGAUGCAAUUAAUAGAGUUUUAAAAUCUGAUAUUGACAAAGUUAUUACAACUAAUUCUGUCCCACAACUGGAACAUGUAUCGAUUAUAGGUCCCGAUAAUUUUGAAGUUUUGGAUAUUUCCAGAAUUUUGGCUGAGGCAAUUAGGAGAAUCCAUAAUGGGGAAUCUGUAUCAAUGUUGUUUGAUCAUGGUUGGUAA